AUGUACCCAUACAGCAACAUGAGAUCCCCUCCAUCCUCUCCCACUGCACUGGAAAAAACUCAGGCGGAAUUUGCUGCUGGUCUUCUGCCACUCAUUCCAGUACUCAUACCGCUCAAACCGAAAAAGAGCAAGGAGUUUAAGAGCAGGGAAGUGAUUGAGGAAGACGAAGAUGAGAGUGAGGAAGAGGAGGAGUUGCCAGAUGUGCAAGACAUCAACAUAGAUGAUGAUGGUGAUGAAGAGGAGGAAGAGGAGACAGAAGAAGAAGAGGUUGCUGACAGCUCCGCACCAGAUCUAUUAGUCGAAUCACCCUUUCCCGACCUAGUCGAAGUCACCGCCGCCGGCCCCCCUGAAUUCAGCUACCAAACCAUCUCCUCCAACCCCAAUCUCCAGCUCUUCCUCAUCCGCCUCCCACCGUCGAUCAAACCCAAGUACCUAGAAAACCUAGAACUCGACCUGGACGUUAAUGAUAAAGGCAUGUUGGGGAGCUUUCAAAGGAAGGGCGAGACUUGGGAGGUGAGGGACGCGAGUGAGGCUAGUGGGGCGGAGGAGAUGCAAGGACUGACAGUGUUGCUGCGGGACGAGGAGGGGAAAGGCACGCAUAGGAUCGGUAUUUCCCUUUCUCACAUCCUCUGCUCCUUCGCUCACAAUAUCAUAGCUCCACGACUCAUAUCCCGAAACCUCGUCAUCACCCGCUCCCUCCCCUCCCUCUCCCUCCCAAGCACCUCCACCGUUUCUCACACCCAAACCGCCCUCUCCUCCCAGCCCCCGACAGACUACACAAUCGCUUCCAUGCGCCCGCCUAGCAUGGCUCCCCCGGAACGGAUGACCUACCGGUUCGCGCCUCCCGGGACUUGGGAAGCACGGACCUCUUUGCUUGAUACGUUGAAUGCGGGAGAGACGGAUGGGGACGUACUGAUGGCUGAUGCGGCUCCUGCUGCAGCUCCUGCGAAGACGCCAAAGAACACCAAGAAACAUUCUGCUGUUGAUGCGGCUUCUACCUCUAAAACAGAACCACCCACCGCUGAAAAACCCAAGAAAAAACGGAAGAGUGAAGUUCUCGCAGACGGUGCCGCUCUCCCUUCCACGACUACCCUGUCCGUCGAGUCUUCCAACCCAACCCUUGGGGAGAAGAAGAAGAAACGCGUGGACGCUCCGGCUGUUACUGUUAAUGCAGAUAAUGUUACUGCCGUUCCACCACCAUCCGAUUUGACCACAGCAGCCGCCACCCCUGAGCUCACAGAGAAGAAGAAAAAGAAGCGGCAAAAAGCAGUCGAAGAAACGGAAACAUGA